GGAUUGUUGACAUUCAGGGAUCAAUCGAACCUCGUUCAUCAGAAGCCAGAAGUGUAUCCGGAGCGGAGAAGAUAACCCCUAAAGAUUCGUGAAAUGUGUCCAUUGUUCGCGCGUGGCAUCUGCAGUUCCUGUAUGCUUGAUGAAUACUCGGGAAUCCAGGUUUUGUAUACAAAUUGCAUCUGCCCAUCCCAAAAGUUGCACCAUCCGGAGUAUGUGUCGGCAUUCUCAGAUUAUAACUAGAACGAAAAUCGUCGAGCAUUCCGAUGCUUUCGUACAACCAGUUAUCUGGGCAUUUACACUCUUCCUUCUCUCACAGCCCGUGAUUAGUAGUGAAUCGCUUUACAUGCGUCGACACGCAAGAAGUUCACCUUACUUUGUGGCCCUCUCGCACGCUCUCGAUCCGGUACAUUAUGAUGGUGAGCAAGUGAACAUCUACCACUUCGGAAGUCGGGGUGAUGCUACGCGGGACGAACUUGUGGAACACCCAUUGUCAAUUAUGUCGACAAUAGGUUACACGACGCACCGUUGCUCUCAAAGUGUCUUGCCGGGAACAAGGAAGCGAGGGAGGACGCUGGUGGACAGUAGGUGGAGGCCUUGGGCUGUACAGUAUCAUGAAAACUGCUCAGGUCAAGAUACGAAACUUCGCAAUGAUACAAAUAUUCAUUUUGGGAGAGUUGCCGCGAGCUGGUAUCACCUCUCGAGCAGAGCACCCUGCUCCACCGACCAGCAGCAGGAUACCGUGCUCUCCACCUGAGUACAGACAUGACAGUUAGCGGGCGUGUUUGCUGUGUGCACGUAAAACGUACUAUGCAAUAGGGUCUUUGGAUUGUAAGGACAUGUGCAAUUGCAAAGCAGUUGCAGAGCUGUGUAGAGUGGUGUUUGUUGUCGGCUUUCCAGUGCGGGUACGGACGGGCGCGGUCGCUGUUGGCACGGGUUGAAGUCAUAUCGCGCUGUACCUGUACCCGUGGGCAACCAUAAAAACGCUUGCGUCCAGAUUCCCAGAA